AUGUCUGGUGCCAACCCAGCGCGAGAACUGUCACCAACCCAGCGCCAGAACUGUCACCAACCCAGCGCCAGAACUGUCACCAACCCAGCUCCAGAGCUGUCACCAACCCAGCGCCAGAACUGUCACCAACCCAGCGCCAGAACUGUCACCAACCCAGCUCCAGAGCUGCCACCAACCCAGCGCCAGAACUGUCACCAACCCAGCACCAGAACUGUCACCAACCCAGCGCCAGAAAUGUCACCAACCCAGCGCCAGAACUGUCACCAACCUAGUGCCAGAACUGUCACCAACCCAGCUUCAGAACUGUCACCAACCCAGCGCCAGAACUGUCACCAACCCAGCACCAGAACUGUCACCAACCCAGCGCCAGAACUGUCACCAACCCAGCGCCAGAACUGUCACCAACCCAGCUUCAGAACUGUCACCAACCCAGCGCCAGAACUGUCACCAACCCAGCACCAGAACUGUCACCAACCCAGCGCCAGAACUGUCACCAACCCAGCGCCAGAUCUGUCACCAACCCAGUGCCAGAACUGUCACCAACCCAGCGCCAGAACUGUCACCAACCCAGCGCCAGAUCUGUCACCAACCCAGUGCCAGAACUGUCACCAACCCAGCGCCAGAACUGUCACCAACCCAGCACCAGAACUGUCACCAACCCAGCGCCAGAUCUGUCACCAACCCAGCGCCAGAACUGUCACCAACCCAGCUUCAGAACUGUCAGCAACCCAGCGCCAGAACUGUCACCAACCCAGCGCCAGAACUGUCAUUCCUUGA